AUGGACGUGCACAGACUAAAGCUGUACGAUGAAGACGAGCUGUGCCGCGGCUCUAUUUCGGUUUAUAUAUUAAACCGAUGCAAGAAACAAGUACUCCUUAAAUUUUUCCUUUCGACGUCUCGGCCGACGAAGCAGCAGGGGGUGGCAAAAACAAAUAAUUUUCUGAAGCUGAGUCAUGGACUAGCGUAG